AUGUUUGUACGCUCAGCAAUUGUUCAAGCUAAUGGAUCAUCAUUUAUUGAUGAUCAUUAUCAUCAAAUAAUAAAUGGUGGUCAACGAACGACAACAUUUUUUACUUAUCUAUAUGCAAAUUGUUCUAUGGGUGAAACAGAAUUUAUUAAUAUUAAAUUUAAUUUCUCAUUACAUUCACGUUUUUCUAAUAUUUUAUCAUGUGAUGAUAUAGCGCCAUAUCGAGGUAUUCGAUUUCAACCAAUACUAGGAAAUAGUAUCUUUUGGUUUAUUAUUACUAAAAAUGAACAUGCAGAUAAUGCAUCGUUUCAUGUAGGUCUUCCACCUGGUCAAAAAAUAGGAUUAAAUACAUGA